AUGUCCACUUCUCCAUCUGACACGACCGAUAGGCCACCUCACGUCCUCAUCUCCGGUGCUGGCCUUGCUGGGUUGUUCCUUGGUAUCCUUCUCGAGAAAGCAGGGAUUCCCUACAACAUCUAUGAACGUGCUGCCGAAAUCAAGCCAAUCGGGGCUGUGAUGUGCUUGGCACCCAACAUCCUCGCGGCGUUCGAGCAAUUGGGACUAUAUGAGGAGCUCAUGUCGUUCUCAAAGAAGGGUAUCUACUCAACCUACUACACCGACCGGUUGGAAGUUAUUGCCACACAUGACAGCACCGACGGUGAUCUUAAGGUUCACAUGUCCAGCCAGAUUGCAUCCUUUGAGCAGGACAAAGGGGGCGUAACGAUCACCCUUUGUGACAACACAACCGUUCGGGGCGACAUCUUGGUUGGCGCAGAUGGAGCACACAGUGCAGUCCGCAACCACCUCUACCAGACGCUGGAUAAACAAGGGCUCCUCCCCAAGUCUGACACCGAGGCCAUGAGCGUGGGGUAUGUUUCUUUGUUGGGAACAACCGAAGUUCUUGAUCCUGCCAAGUACCCCGGCCUGUUGAAGGACGACUGCGAAACUUCCUUCAUCAUUGGUGACAAAAAAAACCCCUACACCUGGGCAACAUUCACGGUCCCUGGCAAUAAGAUCUGUUGGAACGUCAUUAUCCAGCUCGGUCUCUCCUCGAUCGCUGAUGAAGAAGUCGGAUCCUCAGACUGGGUCGCUCAGGAUAACCAAGUGAUGAUGGAUUCGAUCCGUCACUUCUCGACUACAUAUGGAACAAUGGGCGACCUGUUUGAUGUCACUCAGUCCGAUAGGGUCUCCAAGGUCUUUUUCGAGGACAAGCUGUUCGAGACAUGGAAUCAUGGACGAGUCGUCUUAAUUGGCGAUGGAGCAGUCAAUGCCAUGCAGGACGCAGUUCUCAUCGCCAACCAUAUCUACGACAUCAAGCCAACGACUCAUGAGAAUAUUCAGACCGCUUUGAAUGAGUACAAGGAAGAGCGCUUCGACGCGAUCAAGGAUCAGUAUCCUCAAUCGCACAUCAGUGCCCAAUUGAUGUAUGGACACACACUCUAUGAGCGUAUUCUCCGACAGGUUAUUUUCAACUGGAUGCCCAAGUCGGUGAUGAGGAGGCAGUUGUCCAAGAAUACGGCCUACCGGCCUCAGGCAAACUUUUUACCUCAGGCGCCCAAGCGAGGUAAUCUGGGUAUCAUCCCUCAAUGGCCUUCAAAGCGCAUCCAAGACGAAAAGGAGGAUCCGAAAAAUGUCGCUGCUACUGCUACUGCUGUUUAA